AUGGGGCUAACUGCUAAACCUUUAUCUUUGAAAGUUAACGCCGCUUUGUUCGAUGUCGACGGAACUAUUAUUAUCUCUCAACCAGCCAUUGCUGCUUUCUGGAGAGAUUUCGGUAAGGACAAACCUUAUUUCGACGCCGAGCAGGUCAUCCAAAUUUCCCAUGGUUGGAGAACCUUCGAUGCAAUUGCCAAGUUUGCUCCCGACUUUGCCAAUGAAGAAUACGUUAACAAAUUAGAAGCUGAAAUCCCUGUCAAGUACGGUGAAAAAUCCAUCGAAGUUCCAGGCGCCGUCAAGUUAUGUAAUGCUCUAAACGCUUUGCCAAAAGAAAAGUGGGCUGUAGCAACUUCCGGUACCCGCGAUAUGGCGGAAAAAUGGUUUGAACAUUUAGGAAUCAGGAGACCAAAGUAUUUCAUAACGGCAAACGAUGUCAAACAAGGUAAGCCCCACCCAGAACCAUACUUGAAGGGUAGAAACGGCCUAGGAUAUCCAAUCAACGAACAAGAUCCUUCUAAAUCUAAGGUAGUAGUCUUUGAAGACGCUCCAGCAGGUAUUGCUGCCGGUAAAGCUGCUGGCUGCAAGAUAAUUGGUAUUGCCACUACUUUCGAUUUGGACUUCUUGAAGGAAAAGGGUUGUGAUAUUAUUGUCAAGAAUCACGAAUCCAUUAGGGUUGGCGGUUACAACGCCGAAACAGAUGAAGUCGAUUUUAUCUUUGAUGACUAUCUAUAUGCUAAGGACGAUCUAUUGAAGUGGUAA